UUCGCUUCUCACUGAGAUCGCAGGGAUGACGAAGACAAGAAACUUUACCAAGACGCAACCCAAGAAGAGCUCGGGUUUUGGAGCUCUUUUACGCUCACGGCCACGUCUCGUCUUCGUCCCCUUCCUGGCUCUCUGAAAGCCCCGAUUGCACUUGGACAAGACAUACAGGCUGGUCAAGAUGCAUUGCCCGUCGUCAUCAUGGGCUGUCUCAAGCAGCUAUUCGGCGGCGCCGAGUGUGUCACGAGCCAAGCCCUUAAUCGGUUCACCAAUCGAAUCGAGCAGACCCCGCGUUUCGAGGCUCUUGAACUAGUCAGGCCUUUCCCCCCGUACGUCUUCAGCCAGGACGGAGAGCGCGACCAGUGAACGACUACGAUCCACAACACAAGAUUGCCACUGGUGACAGCAAUGUUUGCUUCCCCCGGUUGUCCUUCAUCGUGGGCUCAGCCAGCCCGAAGGCCAGGCAGGGCCGCAAGUCCGCGUGGGCCUUGAGCGCCUGGUACGACGCCGUCUUUUCCGGGACGAGCACUAUGUCUGAGCCUGCUGGUGCAACACAACAACACCGCCUCUUACGCUUUAUUGUCGCAAGUCGACACUUUCCCCGCUUCCCGGAAGCAGGCUUAUUCGCCUUCAAUAUCCACUCGAAUACCUCUCACCCCCACUUCCUCCUCGGCAAUGAGACGUCUUCACCAGCUAGCACGAGUCCCCAGCUCCGCACUUGAGCCACAGCGACACGGAGCUACCUUGCGCACUCGACGACCCCGAAGAAGACGAGAAGAAUGCCGACAGGCCUGGCCGGCGCGACGCAAGCACAACGAGCACAACGAGCACGCCAGAGGGUUUCGCGGUGCCGCACAGUCUGCUGCGAACGCCGAUUCGUGCCACAGCCGGCGCGGCUCAGAGAAGACAUCGCAUGGCAGCGCGACCAGUUUCUCGCUUCCCGCGAUCGUGCGUCGCACCACACUGGCGACGACGAAGUUGAACGCCAUCGGCGAGGGCGAGACCAAGCGCCGGUCGCUCUCGCUCGAGAGCCGCAAGACCAACGGCGUCGAGUUCGCGUGGGGCAUCGCUUCGUGACUUUUUCCUUGGCUAUCGUCGUCCGCCGGUAGGCCUUGCUGUGUGACGACUCACACUUGGCGGGCGUCCUUGCACUGCGAUUUUCACCGUAGAUGAGGUGGAUCAACGCCAUGGCAUUCAUGUAGAGUCACUUGUAUGUAUGGCGUACAUUUAUAAUACAUUUGCUUUCAAUGCAACAUAUUCCUGUGCUACUGGAACUAUGGUCCAUCUAUGCGCGAAGGCGUACAACAU